GCCAGUGAGUGGGGUUAGAGCUGUGGUGUGGGUUGGCUUGGCUGCUGGGGGCAGAGCAAUGGGAUCUGAGCUGGGAGAGUCCCCCCAAAGGCAGAACAUGGUGGAAAAAGGAAACCCCUUCAUUGUGGGAGUGCUGAUUCUAGGGAACAUCAUCAUCCUGAUGUGUGGUAUCGCGCUCUACGCGGAGACGGUUUGGGUCACGGCUGACCAGUACAAGGUUUACCCCAUCCUGGGAGUGUCAGGCAAGGAUGAUGUCUACGCGGGUGCCUGGAUCGCCAUCUUCUGCGGCUUCGCCUUCUUCUGCCUCGGCGUCUUCGGCAUCGUGGCCCUGGCCCGGGGCAGCCGCCUGCAGCUCAUGCUGUACCUGGUAUUGAUGCUGAUCGUCUACAUCUUCGAAUGUGCCUCCUGCAUCACCUCCUACACCCACCGUGACUUUGUGGUCUCCAAUCACAGGAUGGUCACCAAGCAGAUGCUGACAUUCUAUGCGGCCCCCACAGCCCAAGGCCGGGAGCUGACCCGCAUGUGGGACCGGAUCAUGAUGGAGCAACAGUGCUGCGGCGCGACGGGCCCCCUGGACUGGGUGAACCAUACGUCCACCUUCCGCUCCUUCUACCCUGAGGGGCUGGCGCCAUGGCCCUUCCUCUGCUGCAAACGCGACGCCAACUUUGUUAUCCUCAGCCCAGAGGGCUGCCGUGUGGGGCACGUGGAUUAUAUCAACACCAAGGGCUGCUUUGAGCACAUUGAGAAUGCCGUCAACAGCUACACCUGGGGCAUCUCCUGGUUUGGAUUCGCCAUCCUCAUGUUCACGUGCCCAGUGAUGCUCUUAGCCAUGUACCACUACACCACACUGUGACACCCCCUGCCCCACACACCCUGCACUGCUGUGGGGCAGGGCUCCUUUGACCCACCUGCAGCAUCAGUGAGGGGAGGAAGCCAGCCAGUCCCACCCCCAGCCUAUGUCUCAGAGCUGGGCAGACCAGCAUGGUGACCACCUGCAACUGCCUCAGCCCUGCUCCUGCCAGUGUGCUGGCUGUGGGGGGACAGCACCUGGGGGGGCUGAUCACUGUGAAACACCCCCUGUGACCUCUGACCUUUUAAAACCUCUA